UCACCGUCAGAAACAGGACAAAGAAUAUUCAGGAGCAUCGAAACUGCAACGCAGAGAAGCACAAAUAACCCUCCAGAAACGCUGCAGGACUGAGAACCGAUGAAAAGCGGGAAUUCAAGGAAAUUAGUUUUAGUUGAAAUGUGAAGCCGGGGAAACGAACGCGAACUGAAGGCGAUGAUCGCCCCCGGACCGGUUGUGCGCGCUCCGGGGUCCGGGGGGAGGGAAAGGCCGCGCACACACCGGGUGCACCGCCUGUCCCGUCCCCCGUCAUCGGUCCGCGCAGCGCAACAUGUACCGGCCGGAGGAGGGAGACCCCUACCUGGUGGAGGAGGCGAGUGAGGAGGAGGGCGAGGAGGCGUCCAGCUCCGAGGAUGAAUUAGACAUUCUACUCCAUGGCACGCCUGAACGCAAACGCAAACUGAUCAAGGAGUGUUUAACGGGUGAAAGUGAAUCCAGCGAUGAUGAAUUUGAGAAGGAGAUGGCAGCAGAGCUGGACUCCACCAUGAAGGUUAUUGAGGGGAGCUGGUCACUCACUGCCGAAGGUGCUUCCUCCAGUGUUGUAAGCUCUCAGUCACGAGCUGCUCCCCAGCAUCAGUACUACAACGAAGUUUACUUUGACUCGGACUCUGAGGGAGAAGAUGAGCAGGAAGGAAAUGGUUCACAGAGGAAACGCAAGAAGAGGCAAAAGGUUCUGACAAAUGACGAGCUGUUGUAUGACCCAGAUCAGGAUGACCGUGACCAGGCCUGGGUUGACAUGCAGAGGAGAGGGUAUCGUGGAUUUAAUAAGCAACCAAACAUGCCAGAAUCUCUGCCAGUCCCUACCAGUGAUGCAGUUUUGAACUGCCCAGCUUGCAUGACAACUCUCUGCCUGGACUGCCAACGGCACGACUUGUAUAAAGAGCAGUACAGAGCUAUGUUUGUGAUGAAUUGUAUCAUUAACAGAGGAGAAGUUCUUAGGUACAAGAAUCCUGCAAACAAGAAAAGGAGGAACAGAUCCAAGAAGGUGAAAUAUCCAAGUGGAGAAACCUCAGAACAAGAUGAGGAGGAGAUAUACCACCCAGUGCGCUGUGCAGAGUGUUCAGUGGAAGUAGCUGUUUUUGACAAAGAUGAAGUGUACCAUUUCUUUAAUGUUUUGGCCAGCCAUUGUUAAAUACACUUUAAAUAGCAUCUGUUCUUGAGUUGGCAUCCAGUCACUGCUGCAAUGGAUGAGUUGAUUAACUGGUCUAAUUACUGUGUAACAAUAGCCACUUCAAGCAGGCAGGUGUGGACUCUUGGGUUCUGAGAGUUGGUUCAGGCCAGAGAGCCUGCUUGCUGAUGUAAUCCUACUGACACACAAACCAUGUCUACAAUAUUGGCUCACUUUACUUAUUUUGAUUAGUGUAAUGUUAGCUUUGCAAUCCUGGGAGGUUAAGAUUGGAAGUUUUAAAACUGAACCAAAUAAUUGUGGUAAAUCUACAUUGAAAUCCUGAGGUCAUUAAUUUUCUUAAAAAUCUUGGAUACACUACCAGGUAUAGAUGCAUGGACAGUGAAAUCAAAUAUUAAUUUCCUCCAGCUCUGUACAUGUCCAAAAGGAGUAUUUGGUCUUGGCCAUGUUCUCUAGUGAGAUGUCCCCCUCACAAAUGAUAGGCAGCAAUCAGAUUUAAUCAUUCCAUUGACCUAUUUAUCAUCAAGUUCAUCCAAGUCCCAUUCAAUUAAUUUUUGUGCUUCCUGACCUAUAGAGCCUCUGCUUUUAAUUCUCUUCUGUACAUAGUCCAUGUCAGUCUAUGCCCUGUGGAAACUCAAGUCACAGGGAGAAUGUACGAACUCCACUAACUAGCACUGCAGGUCAGGAUUGAAGCCAGGUUGCUGGAACCAAGGGCUUUACUGGCUCUGCUUCCUUUAAAUAAAGCAGCCUAGCCCAAUUUUUUUUUGAGGGGGUGGUCAGUGGAAUUCUUUGGAAUACAUUUAACAGUAAAACCAACAGUCAAAAGCCCAAUAUUAGAUGUCAAUUCAGCACAUUUGGCCA